CGGCCAUGCAGGAGCCGCUGCUGGGAGCCGAGGGCCCGGACUACGACACUUUCCCUGAGAAGUCCCCGUCGCCGGGGGAGAGGACGCGGGUCGGGGCCCCACAGAACAAGAGGGUGUUCCUGGCCACCUUUGCCGCCGUGCUGGGCAAUUUCAGCUUCGGGUAUGCCCUGGUCUACACGUCCCCUGUCAUCCCAGCCCUGGAGCACUCCUUGGACCCGGACCUGAGUCUGACCAAAACCCAGGCAUCCUGGUUUGGGUCCGUAUUCACCUUGGGUGCGGCAGCUGGAGGCCUCAGUGCUAUGGUUCUCAACGACCUCCUGGGCCGGAAGCUCAGCAUCAUGUUCUCAGCUGUACCAUCAGCAGCUGGCUACGCGCUCAUGGCAGGUGCCCACGGCUUCUGGAUGCUGCUGCUGGGGAGGACGCUGACAGGCUUUGCUGGGGGGCUCACAGCUGCCUGCAUCCCGGUGUACGUGUCUGAGAUUGCUACCCCAAGUGUUCGUGGGGCCCUCGGGGCCACGCCCCAGCUCAUGGCAGUGUUCGGAUCUCUGUCCCUCUACGCCCUUGGCCUCCUGCUGCCAUGGCGCUGGCUGGCUGUGGCCGGAGAAGGGCCCGUGCUCAUCAUGAUCCUGCUGCUCAGCUUCAUGCCCAACUCCCCUCGUUUCCUGCUCUCACGGGGCAGGGACACGGAGGCCCUGAGGGCGCUGGCCUGGCUCCGUGGGGCCGACACCGACAUCCGCUGGGAGUUCCAGCAGAUCGAGGACAACAUCCGCAGACAGAGCACCCACAUGUCGUGGGCCGAGGCCCGGAACCCCCACAUGUACCGACCCAUCCUCAUUGCCUUGCUGAUGCGCUUCCUGCAGCAACUGAUGGGCAUCACGCCCAUCCUUGUCUACCUGCAGCCCAUCUUUGAAAGCACUGCCGUCCUUCUGCCCCCAAAGGAUGAUGCGGCCAUUGUGGGGGCCGUGAGGCUCUUCUCCGUGCUGAUCGCCGCCCUCACCAUGGACCUGGCUGGCCGCAAGGUUCUGCUCUUCAUCUCAGGCUACGCCAUGGGCUGGGGGCCCAUCACCUGGCUCCUCAUGUCAGAGAUCCUGCCCCUGCAAGCCCGCGGUGUGGCCUCGGGGCUCUGCGUGCUUGUCAGCUGGCUCACGGCCUUUGCCCUCACCAAGUCCUUCCUGCUGGUGGUGAACGCCUUCGGCCUCCACGUGCCUUUCUUCUUCUUCGCUGCCAUCUGCUUGGCCAGCCUGGUGUUCACUGGCUGCUGGGUGCCUGAGACCAAGGGCCGGUCACUGGAGCAGAUUGAGUCCUUCUUCCGCACGGGGAGGAGGUCCUUCCUGCACUAGGUGAGGGUCCCCGCCCAGGGGGGGCCAAACCACUGGGUGCAGGGCCUCUGCGCUGGCCACGAGCCUGCAUGCCGAGCCCAGAAGGCAGCAGCAAUCUGUCAUCAGACGGAGCACAGGAGGACCAGACAGAAGCAUGGCAGGCCCCUGACAGGGCACGUUCCGGCUCUGGGCAGGCAGCACCCCUCUCCAUCCUGCGCCCCAGCUCAGGCAGCCUGCCGUGUUGCACG